AUAUAUUUUACUCGAGGAAACUCCACGAUAUUUUCCGUUAUUUAAGCUUGGCAUCUUGGCAAAACUUUCAAUCAAUGACAAUUUUAUCUCAAGCUUUCAAUUUUGCAAGUAGAAGAGGCAUACUUUUGCGAAAAAAACUACUUUUGACAAUACAAAGGACGUCGCCAUUUUGCCGGGCGGUGUUAGGGCUUAAAUCUCCAUCGGUUCUGCCUUCUUGUGCAACGUCCAUUUUUCCAAUUUCUAGCGUACUUUCGAUUUCAGCUCGUCAAAUAAGUUCAACAAUGGCAGCAAAGACACCCUUCGAGCGUCUCCCAACAAAUGUGGUUCCUGUGAAUUACGAUGUUACGUUGAAACCGAGUUUAAAAUCCUUCACGUUUGAAGGGUCAGAGACGAUUCAAGUGACGGUUGUUGAGCCAACCAAAGCUAUAUCGGUCAACUGUAUCGAGAUUGAAGUUAAGAGUGUGCAGUACCAGGCAGAUGGUGGAAGUGAGAUCACUGGAACCAUCGAGUACAAGAAGGAGAAUGAAAUCGCUGUCUUCACCUUUCCAGAGCAGUUGCCUGCUGGGAAAGGCAGCCUGAAGCUUACCUUCACAGGAGAGCUGAAUGAUCGGAUGAAAGGUUUCUACCGCAGCAAGUACACCGGACCAGAUGGCGAGGACAGAUAUGGGGCUGUUACUCAAUUUGAGGCAUCAGAUGCUCGCAGAUCAUUUCCUUGCUGGGAUGAACCCGCUUUAAAGGCGACAUUUGACAUCACGCUGGUGGUCCCCAAAAACAGAGUGGCUCUGUCUAAUAUGCCAGUGAUCUCUGAAACUGACGACUCAUCAGACAGCAGUCUAAAAGUUGUCAAGUAUGAUAAAACGCCGAUCAUGUCCACGUACCUUGUGGCGUACGUUGUGGGAGAGUACGACUGUGUUGAGGGGAAGGAUGAGAAUGGGGUUCUUGUACGCGUCUACACGCCCGUGGGGAAGAAAGAGCAGGGACAAUUUGCGCUGGAUGUUGCAGUGAAGACCCUGCCAUUCUACAACAAGUAUUUCAACAUUGCCUACCCAUUACCCAAGAUUGACCUCAUCGCCAUUGCUGACUUUUCUGCUGGGGCUAUGGAGAACUGGGGUCUGGUCACUUAUCGUGAAACCGCACUGUUGAUUGAUCCCAAGAACUCGUCAUCUACAGCCAAGCAGUGGGUUGCUUUGGUGGUCGGACACGAGCUUGCGCAUCAGUGGUUCGGAAAUCUGGUUACCAUGGAAUGGUGGACUCACCUGUGGCUGAAUGAAGGCUUUGCGUCCUGGAUUGAAUAUCUGUGUGUGGACCACUGCUUCCCAGAGUUUGAUAUCUGGACACAGUUUGUGAACCAGGAUCUGGGACGUGCCCUCGACCUAGACGCUCUACACACCAGCCAUCCUAUUGAGGUGCCAGUUGGGAGUCCUGAUGAGGUUGAUGAAAUCUUUGACGUGAUUUCCUACAGCAAGGGGGCGUCCGUCAUCCGCAUGCUGCACAACUAUAUUGGAGAUGAGGAUUUCCGUAAGGGUAUGAACAGCUACCUGACAAAGUAUGCGUACAAGAACACGUUCACUGAGGACCUGUGGGGGUCAUUGAGAGAGGCCAGCGGGAAACCAGUGGACAAAGUGAUGACAACAUGGACUAAACAGAUGGGAUUCCCCGUCAUUAAGGUGACGGAGAGCCAGGAUGGAAACAACCGAGUAUUGAAGCUAUCGCAGGAAAAGUUCAACGCUGAUGGCAAAACCGUGGCAGGAGAGAGCUCAGAAUGGCUAGUCCCUAUCACUAUAUCAACAUCAGACAGUCCCAACACUCCUGUGAAGUCUGUACUUCUGGAAGGACCCAGCAUGACGGUUACUCUAGAGAAUGUGAAACCAGGAGCAUGGGUCAAGUUGAACUCUGGCUCAGUAGGCAUGUACCGUGUACACUAUACAUCGGAAAUGUUGGAUGCCCUUACCCCAGCUGUACGAGACAAAACACUUCCGCCAAGAGACAGGCUCAGCCUGGAAAAUGACCUCUUUGCUCUGGCUCGUGCUGGUCUCGCCUCCUCUGUCGACGUCCUGAAAGUAACGGAGGGCUUCAUUAAUGAGGACAACUACACAGUGUGGUCCGAUCUCUCCCUCAACUUGUCAAAGAUAGCGGGAAUGCUGCAGUAUACGGAUGGCUAUGAGGCUUAUAAGGUUUAUGAACGAGCGCUGUUUGGGCCCGUGGCAAAAAGUCUGGGUUGGGAACAAAGGGAAGGAGAAGGUGUGUUGAAGUCCAUGCUUCGAGAGCUGGCGUUGGUACGUCUUGGUCGCUAUGGAGACCCUGAUAUUGUUGCCGAGGCAAGACGGAGGUUUGCCGACCACUGUGAUGGCAAGGCUGUCCUUCCUGCUGACCUCAGGUCGCCUGUGUAUGUCACAGUAUUGGUAAAUGGAGAUGAAGACAUUUUCAACAAAAUGCUGAAGCUGUAUGAUGAGGCUGACAUGCAGGAGGAAAAAGUGAGGAUAGCUCGUCUGCUGGGCUCCACAAAAGAUGAGAAACUCAUCAAGAGAACGCUCGAGUUUGCCUUGUCUGACAAGGUGCGAAGUCAGGACUCUACAUUUGUGAUAGCAGGGGUGACAGGGUCUGUGAAAGGUCGCGAGAUGGGCUGGCAGUUUGUCAAGGACAACUGGACGGAGAUUCACAAGAGAUACACUGGAGGAUUCCUGCUAGCCAGACUCUGCAAGUCAAUGACUGACGGGUUUGUAACUGAAGAAAAAGCACAAGAAGUUGAGACAUUCUUCAAAGAAAAUACUGCUCCAGGGGCGGAAAGGUCAAUCAAUCAAGCCCUGGAAAAUGUCCACCUGAAUGCCGCCUGGAUGAAAAACCAGUCAGCAAGUGUGGUGACCUUCCUCAAAGAUAGACCUGCAGCUUGAUGACCAGUCUAGAAUCCAUCAGACUUGUGUUGUGGGGGUACUUAUGAGAUCCUGUGACAAUAAUGUGGUCAGAAGUUGUUAGGGUAAAGGUAUCAAAAUAGUUCAUGAAUUUUUGUUUUUUCAAGUUUGUUGAUUUCUGUAUGUUUCUUCAAAUUCAGUAAGUACAUGUUUUUCACAAAAUAGGAAACACUAUUAAUAAAAAAAAAAUGUGGUCGUGAAAAUAGAGGGAAAUAGUUUAUAACAGCCAAUUUUGCUGAUGUGAAAUAUCUCUAAUGCAUCUAGAAUUAUUAAGAAAAUAUAAGUCAUGUAUGAAAGUACAUUUAUGGCCAUUGUUUUUGUGGUUUAUGAAUCAAAGACUGAAAGUGCUAGAGAUAUAUUUAUACACUCUUGUGUUAAAACUGGGAAGCGAUAACAUUUUCAAACGGGUCCCACCAUAUCAGAUUGAUCAUUUGUUUAGAGUUCAAUUUUCAAAAUCUAUCACCCGGCAUGAAAGAACACUGUGAAACAGACUUAACAAACUUAUUCUCCUCAUGACAUAUAAAUAUAUAAUGCAAAUGCCCAUGGUGCACAUUUUACUAAUUUUAAGUAUUGUAAUGUUUUCCAUGUGUAAAUCAAAAGACAAUGAUAUUUUGUUGGCAUCAUACAUUUAUUAUUUAUUGAAAUUAUCAUGGUAAUAGAUCAUGUCAAGCUGAAGAUUUUUUUCUUUGACUAAAUUUGGUUUAUGGUAUGAAAAAUUAUCCUAGUGGCUGAAAAUCGCCACGUCCUAUGAUGCUUAACAUGGAAGUAUCAAUUUAGCAUAGUCGCAUUGGGGUAAUACAGUUCAUAGUGUUCACAGUUCUUAAAAAUUGGCUGUUAAUGAAUAAUUUAAGCUGCAAAAUAUUAUUUGAUUAUUUAUUGCUUAUUUGGUGCAUGUUCUACAAAUUGUCAUGUAUUGUUUUUUAUAAGAAAUACUCUUGAGAGAAUUUUGAAUGAAAUUAUUUUUUUCUUAGAUUUGGACUUGCAUAAAAAUAUAUAUAUAUAUGCCAGAGAAUUUAUAUAUUUAAACUAACAAUGGUAAUGUUUUCUUUAAAUAUUUUGUUCAUUAACUUCAAAUCAUCAAUAAAGUUCUAACUCU